AUGUGGGCUAUGAUUACCUUCGUAAUGUGUGGCGGUGCUCUCGAUUCGGUUCUCGAAUCGCCGACGGGGCAGCCUGUACUCCAGGCCGUUUACAAUGCGACAGGCUCUAUCGCGGGCACGGAAGUCAUGGGAGCCAUCCUCGUCAUCCUCGUCUUCUUUGCAGCCGUAUCCGUUACUGCUGCGUCUUCGCGCCAGAUCUGGGCAUUUGCACGCGAUAGGGGACUUCCGUUCUCUGCAUGGAUCGAGCGAGUGCCAGCCGGCUGGGACAUUCCCGUCAACGCGCUACUUGUCUGUCUCGGAUCCUCGCUCGUGCUCGCAUGCAUCAACUUCGGGUCGGACGUUACCUUAAACGCUAUCGUCUCUAUCUCGAACGCAGCUCUCAUCUUCUCCUACAUCAUAUCGAUUGGAUGCGUGCGCUUGAAGCGUUGGCGAGGAGAGCCAUUGCUCCCUCGACGCUGGAGCCUAGGCAAGUUUGGAGGCAUCGUCAACGACCUUGCUCUUGCCUUUUUGGUCGUUUCCUUCAUCUUUUCAUUCUUCCCUAUAGUGCCAAACCCUUCGGCUACGGACAUGAACUGGGCGGCGCUUAUGUUUGGCGCGAUGGCUAUCAUUGCCACGGUCAACUAUUUCGUCAGCGCACGGAAGAGUUACAUCGCACCUGUUUCGCUUGUUAAACAAGACUAG